AUGACGGCGCUCGACCGGCUCGUGGAUCUCCACCAGAAGCUGUUGAAGUACGAACAUGCAGCGGAGACUGAAGAGCUGGAGAGUGCCCUCAAGUCUCUCUCGCUCUCAGAGUUAGAGGCGCAAGGCGUGGUUCUUCCCCGCCUCGUGGUUCACCAGGUGCGGAGUGGGCUCUACUCCCGCACGCUUGUCGACUUCUGCACGCGGCGCGCCUCGCAAGCUUUCCAGGAGCGCCAGAAAAAGGCUGGUCCUGCCGACGCUGAAGAUGGCGCCGCGUCGGAUGCGUCUCUUCUUCCUCCCCAGCACCGCUUCACGCCCGGAGACAUCGUGGGUCUUUUCGACGAAGUGCAUGCGCUGCAGGCGGCUGGAAGCAAGGGCGCUCUCGCCUCGGGGGUUGUGCACAAGGUUCGUGCGCAGGUCAUUUCCAUCGCCUUCGAAGACGACGACUGGGUGAGCAGUUCUGACAAGGCAAACCGUGGGGCGAGUGGCGGAAAGGGAAGAGAAGACGAAGGCCGCAGCAGCUUCCACCUCGCCCUCAUCUCCAGCAGCGUGACGAUCGAGCGGCAGCUGAAAGCUCUCGACCGCCUCAAGAACUACGCGCCGAACGGGCCUGCCCAGACGCUGCUCAAUCUCUGCUUCGGCUUUCAACAGCCCCAGCCGCUGGCUCCCGCGCCUCAGCAAGACACGGGCGCUUCCGACCCCGCAGCCGGGUCGUCAGAAUGUGCAGACGGCCUCCAAACGAGCGACUUCGCCGCUGGCUCUCAUUCUCUCCCUUCUGUGUCUCUCGAUCUAUCGCGAUGUGGCGACUUCCCGUGGUUCUGCCCCACGCUGACUGUCUCCCAGAAGCGCGCAGUCCUGCUGGGCCUUCGCUCGCGGGACCUCGCCCUCAUUCAUGGCCCGCCCGGCACAGGCAAGUCGACCGCGCUCUUGGAGCUUCUGUUGCAGCUGGCGAGUCGCGGCUGCCGCGUCCUCGCAUGCGCGCCGAGCAACGUGGCCGUGGACAACCUUCUCGAGCGAAUCGCCGCUUUCGCCGAGCCGAGCGCAACGCCAUCAGCCUCGGGGGCGGCGCUGCGCCUCGCUUCGAGGCUAAGAAAGUGCGUGCGCCUUGGGCACCCCGCCCGCGUCGACGAAAACUUGGCGCGGUUCUGCCUGGAGAGUCAGCUGCAGAGGAGCGAAGGCGCGGCGUUGUCGCGUGAGAUUCGGCGAGAACUGGACCUCAAUUUAGAGAUGUUGAAGGACCGCAAGAAGCUGGAGAGGCACGUGGAGCGCAGACGCGUCGAAACGGCGGGCGAGGCGAGUGCGAACGACGAUGGCGCGCGCCCCGGCGCCUCGCGGAGUGCGUGGAGUCUGGCGAAGCGCGAACUGCGAGAAGAGAUCCGGACCUUGAGGAAAGAACUGCGGGCCUUCGAGCGAAAAGCAGUCGAGGAAGUCUUGGAGCAGUGCCCCAUCGUCUUCGCGACCUGCGCCGGCGCAGACGACGAGACUCUCCGACAGUUCUUCGGAAACGGGGACACAAGUGCUAGCCAGCCUGGUCGGAAUGGGUUCGACGUCGUUGUCAUCGACGAAGCUGCUCAGGCAAGUUCAGGCUUUUUUUCCCUCACCUCCCCUCUUCCCUUCCCCGUCGUGUGUGCGGUCCUUUCCGAUCGCGUCGCUCCUGCUCUGGAAGCAGUCUGCUGGAUUCCCUUGCUGUACGGACACCGGGCCGUCCUGGCGGGCGAUCACUGUCAGCUCGCCCCCACGAUCAAGAGCCGCGCGGCGGAGCGGGGCGGCCUGGGCAUCACGCUCUUUGAGCGGCAAAUGCAGGCGGCCCACGGGUCUCGCAUCUCGCAGCUGCUCGACACACAGUUCCGCAUGCACCGCACCAUCAUGGACUGGAGCAACGAACAGUUCUACAAGGGGGAGCUUCGGGCGGACGAGUCCGUCGCUUCGCGGCUCCUCGAGGACAAGUAUCCCCGGCUGAGAGACGAGACCUCGGGAAAGCGACCACCCGAAGGGGAAGUCCCGAGCGCUUCCGUCGCGCCCCCGUUCCUCUGGAUUGACACGGCCGGUGUCUCCUGGCUCGAGGAAGACGGCCAAGAGGACCCGAGCCUGCUGCGGAACGGUCCGGUCUCCGCCCGCGUGCAUGCGUCGAAAAGCAACCGGGGCGAGGCGGCGCUCCUCGUGAAGCGCCUGCAGGAGCUCGUGUGGAACUUUGGCGUGGACGCGGAAGACAUUUGCGUCAUCACGCCCUACCGGCAACAGGUACAGGUUCUGCGGCAGUUCUUGCGCGAGGCCGCAGACGCGGAGCCUUCACCUGCGUCUGUGGCGGGGGCCAGGGGCGAAGAAGCUGAACGCGAGACGCGCCGACUGCGGCAGAGCUUCGCGCGAAUCCCCGUCAACACAGUGGACGGCUUCCAGGGGAAAGAAGGCGAAGUUGUCGCCAUUUCGCUGGUGCGCAGCAAUCCGCGCCACGAAGUCGGCUUCCUCAAAGACGUGCGCAGACUGAACGUCGCGGUGACGCGCGCAAAACGUCACCUCCUCAUUGUCGGCGACUCCGAGACGAUCGGCGGCCAGGAGGAAGGAGACGCGAGUGAGCCGGAAGCGCCCGACGCGGACCUCCGGACGGAGGAGACACCUGGCCCGGCCGAGGGCGCGCCCCGCUCGAGACGCUCGGCGAGAGAGAUCCUGCGGUCGCUGUUUCAAUAUGCGAGUGAAAAGGGCGAGAUUCGGAGCGCGCUCGAGUUCAUUGAUAUCUCCCAAGUCCCCGGCGCCACAGAGCGAAAACCGAAACAGGCGCGCGAGACGCCGUCGUCGGCCGCAGAAAGAAAAACAGCCGCGAGGACGGACCGCUCCGGGUGGGCGGCUUCAAGCUCGGGACUCGACCCCGCGAAGCCGGGGAAAGGCAUGAGCCGGGCGGCAGCUAAGAAGAAGAAACACGAGCGGAAACUGAAACUAAGGGGGACCGCAGAGGCGGCAGAGGCCAGCGGGGAUGGUGGCGAAGGCCCGAGCCGCCAACGUGGGGUCGGAGACGGCCGCGCAGGGUCGUCGGGGGACUCUGGAGAGGCGCAUUCUCUGGAAGCGAAGUACCGAAGCAUCCUGGUUCAGUUUGUGCAGCGGGCGGAACAGACGGCCCGUCAGUCGCCUGGAGCAUCUCCCUCCUACACGUUUCCUUCCUCGUUGACUGCUUACGAACGCAAAAUUGUGCACGCACUCGCGGUCGAGUUAGGCCUUUCUCACGUGUCUUUGGGGACCGGUGAAGAGAGGCAGGUCGUCGUCAGCGUCCGGCAGCGAAGGGGCGGGGUGCCGGGAACGGCGCAGGCUCGGCACGAGGAGACGAAGGCAGAGGCAGCGGACGCGGAAGGGUGGCGCGAGAGUCCGAGGAGCGGCAGCGAAGGCGAGGCUGCCAGCGUGCGAGAGAGUGAGCGGGGGCGGUGCGGAGAUGGAAGAGAGGAGGGUGGACACGCAGAGGGACCGCUCGAGAAGACGUCGGGACGGCCGCAAGCUUCGCUAGGGAAGAAGAAGAAAGGAGAGGAGGCAGCAAGGCCCGAGAAAGGCAGCGAAGACGAUUUCGACGCACUGCUGGAGAGUCUGUCGAAGGAAGACUGGACUUGCGGCUUCUCGCGGUGUCAAGCGUCGACGAAAGUCUUGGGUCGCACAUGCCCGUUCUGCCGAAAACGUUUCUGCUUCUCUCACUCGAUGCCGGAGAUUCACGGCUGCGGCGACGCCGCAUCGGCUGGCGCGCGAAAGAGCUUCAGGGAAUCCGUGGCGCGCGAGCGAAGACGAGAGGAAGAGAAACGGUCGGGAAGCGGCCUCGCCAGCGGCGCGAACUCCAUCUUUCUUGGCAAGUCCUAUGCAGGCAACGCCUGGGCCCAGUCGCAGGCUCAGCAGAAACUCCGGGACAAGAUCGAGCAGGAGAAAAAGAAGAGAACAGCCAAGAAAAAGGAGGAAGGAAGGAAGUGA